AUGCACGUAUUGCUACUGUUUUUGUAUACUUCAGUGACAUUUGGCAAUGAGAUUCGACGGCUCUCCGAUGACGACAAGCGCAAAAUUACCGGCUACAUGAAUCUCUUUCGCAGCGAGGUGGCCCAGGGGACCAAGCGGGAUUUGGAGCUGUCGUUUAGCGACCCGAAGAAUAGUCGGUACAACGAUACCUAUCAGGGACCACCAUUUGCGCCAUUGGAUUAUGCUAAAGCGGCAGGAAUGUGUAAAAUGACCUACGACCCAGUAAUGGAAAAAUUAGCAGCCGAAAUGGCCGAGAGCUACGAUCCGAAGCUGAACUUCACCCUUGCACUUCUUGACGACGUUUCGACACUAAACUACACGGUCAUCUUUCCAGAGCCCUGGCCGGCGGAGGUUCCACGGGUUACGGAUUCUCAAUUGGUGGAUUUUGCAUGGCAAGAUUGGAAUCAGUGGCACCAACUGGCCGGCAUCGUCGACAACCACUACCAUCCUGGAGAUAGCGACAAGAUGAACGAACGCAUUAAUAGAGACCGAAAUUAUGUGAUGCUGGACGAGGGGCUAAGAAAGAUCGGAUGCGUCUUUUUACAAGUAAAACAACAGGUGUACUUCAUUUGCAUGAUGGGGCCAAGAAACCUCAUCCCCGGCAAGCAGCUAGCCACGCUGCACUCGGUGCUGACAUGGGCCUGGUUUGCGCCAAAUUUCGUGGUGGCGGGUGUCGAGCAUCCCUAUUUUUGCAACGAACAGGGUCUAUGGUACCGGGCUACCGAGGCGCUACGCUCAAUAUUUCACUAUAGUCCGGACCGCAACCAUCAAGUGGCUUUGUUUUCGAUUUUUGCGGGUACGCUAUUCACUGUGGGAUCGAUGAGCUCUGCAAUAUUUUAUCGACAUCAGGCUACAGUCCGCAUCGGGUCCAUUUUCCACUUAUCAUAUCGUAACAAGGUCCUACUCUGGACUCUCACACCCACGUCAACACUUCUUAUGGGAGUUUAUUUCGCGACGCUGGCAAAGGUUACGGAUCCGCGUGACCUAAACCUGAGCGCCCUUGAAGACUGGAAUUACAUUUCGACGUCGCAGGCGCCGUGCGCUACUGUCGAUUUAUUUCGAUUUUCGGUGAUUAUUUUACCAAUCUAUACGGCCGGGCUAGGUAUCUUAUUUUUUCUGGUUGGUCAUGCCUAUUGGCUAAUCGUGAAUCAGCCAAAUAUGCAUAAAAAAUUGCGCGAGCUGUCGUUGGCGUUGUUGUAUUCGAUGGGCACGCAGGUCCUCGUCAACGCCGUCCACACCUACCUGCCGCUACUCGUAAUCAUAUUCUUCUACGUAAGCCCGAAAUUCCCGGAAGCUUGGAGAUUCGCGCAACUUGUGUAUAGCGCGCAAUGCGUUAGCUGCUCCGUGAUAACACUGUGUACCAGCAAGUACUAUCGACGCUACACUAUGAAAAUUUUCGCCGAGAACUUCUGCUGCGGUAAUUUCAAUACACGGCAGUCGACGAUCGGAAUCGCUUCGACAACUAUGACGAAAGAGCUGGGCAGACGGAAUGUUGAGAUGCGCAAUUCUUCAUUCAGACUGAAUAUACCUUAUUUAUGU